GCUGCCUCGGUGCUUUCGGCUUUCGCUGCGAUUGUCCGCGAGCGCCGGGCUAGUGCGGCGCAUGCCACAGAAGUUCUGGGUACCGGCCGCUCGAGAUGAGGAAGCUGGGGCCAUGAGAGGUGAAGUGAUGAGUUAUCCAAAUCAUGCAGCUAAUUAAGUAGCAGAGCUGGGAUUAGAACUCAGGUUUCCUGCCUCCUGAGGUUGUUAAAAUGAGUCUGCGGAAACAAACCCCCAGUGACUUCUUAAAGCAAAUCAUAGGACGACCAGUUGUGGUAAAAUUAAAUUCGGGAGUGGAUUAUCGAGGGGUCCUAGCUUGCCUGGAUGGCUACAUGAAUAUAGCCCUGGAGCAGACAGAAGAAUAUGUAAAUGGACAACUGAAGAAUAAGUAUGGGGAUGCAUUUAUCCGAGGAAACAAUGUGUUGUACAUAAGUACACAGAAGAGAAGGAUGUGAAGACCCCAAGAGAACAAUACUUUCAUACUUGGAUAUAUUUUUUAUGAAAUUUUUUUUCUAUUUUUAGGUUCUUUUAUUAUAUAAUUUGUCCUGUUUUCACAAUAUUUGGUGGUUUUUCACUGAUAUGGUGGUAAGAAAUAUGUAUAAAAUUGUUGAAUUUAACUGUAAAGAGUUCUUUCACACUUGAGUUUCAUACUUUUCUUACAUGUCAGUGUACAGAAUGCAAAAAGAAUAAAAUAAGACAAAAUCUGUUUCUUC